CUGUAGUGUCUGAAGCUGACCAGCUACAUUUGGAUUUUCAGAAUAUCUCGAGUAAUCUUCUUCAAUUGAUGCCUAGCCUCUUCACGUUCUUUUCCAACUCCAUAAAGAAGUAUCAUGCGCUGGUUAUAUUCAUGACUUGAUGAUUCAUCCUGGCAGCGUACUGGUACCAGGCCACAGACUUCAGAUUGGGGACAUCUGCCCUAGAACAUUCCCAAAAUCUUCAAGAUGCUUCAACAAAUGUAGAAGACCACAAUGGAAGAGGAAAUCAACAGAAAAUAGUCAGGGAAAAGAAGGAUCUCUGCUGAUGGAGUUUGCUAUAUAAGCCUUAUUUUGGAGCAAACAGUCAAUCCAAAAUAAAAAGAGAGGAAAACAGAUCAAGAAACAUUUGUUUCCAGGAAAGGUAACUUUCCAAUGAAGGAAAAUCCAGACACUUAAGAAAGCAAUUAAAGCGACGAUGGGACUAGACUACAGCCCUCCUGAAAACAGCAGCAACUGCACCACAGACAGCAAGAUGAAUCAAGUUCUCUUUCCUUUGUUAUAUACUAUUAUCUUCUUUAUUGGCAUAAUCAUGAAUGGCCUGGCCAUGGGAGUUUUUUUCCAGAUCCCCAGCAAAUCAAAUUUCAUUGUGUUUCUCAAGAACAUAGUGAUUACUGACAUCCUGAUGGUAUUAACGUUUCCAUUCAAAAUUCUCAGUGAUGCAAAACUGACUUCCUGGAAAUUGAGAGGGUUUGUUUGCAAGGUGAGUCAGGUCAUCUUUUACUUCACCAUGUACAUCAGCAUUAUUUUUUUUGGACUUAUAACCAUUGAUCGAUAUUUGAAGACUGUCAAACCUUUCAAAUCAUCAAGAAUUAACAAAGUACCAGCAGCCAAGAUUUUGUCUAUAAUUAUCUGGAUUUUCAUGUUUUCUGUUUCCCUCCCAAACAUGAUAUUGACAAACAAGAAACCAACAUAUGAGAAUGUGAAGAAAUGUGCUGACCUAAAAUCUUCCUUAGGACUACUAUGGCAUGAAAUUGUUACAUAUAUUUGCCAGUUUAUCUUCUGGAUUAAUUUUGUUAUCAUAGUUGUAUGCUACAUACUCAUUAGCCGGGAACUGUACAACUCCUACAAAAGAACAAGAUGUUUGGGAAAGGCAAAUAAGAAGACUGUGAAUAUCAAGAUUUUCAUAAUUAUUGGUGUAUUUUUUGUCUGCUUUGUUCCUUUCCAUUUUGCUAGAAUUCCUUAUACUCUGAGCCAAACCAGAGAUGUUUUUCAGUGUUCAACUCAAAAUAUUUUGUUUUACAUAAAAGAGACCACUUUGUGGUUGACUUCCUUGAAUGCAUGCUUAGACCCAUUCAUUUAUUUUGCCCUCUGCAAAUCAUUUAGAAAGUCUCUUUUAAAUAAUUUGCAUAAAUAUUUAAGGAAAACAAGAGAGCAUCAUAGUAGAGAAACUACAGAUGAAAAGACACCAAUGUAGAUAAACAAGAAACCUAGCUAAAUAUAGGUUGUAUCACACUGAUGCAAUUUAUAUUUUCUAACAUAAAUUUGUCAUUCUUAGUUUUACAGAAAUCAGGAAUCAUACAUAGCCCAUGAUACUAACAACCAGCUACAAAAUUAUCGCUGCUGCAUUUUCUUUUAACAUCAUAGCUACAAAGUUUGAUUCACAUUAAGAAAAAAUUGAUUGGACAGUAACAAAAAUUCUGUAUGCUUAAAGAAAAAGGCUCUUUAGAGGAAGGCAGGGAGCACUAAGUAUACAAAAAAAAUGACUAUUAAGAAGUUCCGUGAUAAUGAUAAGUAGACAUCAUUCAGAAAUCCUAUAGAAAAGAAAAUCCUAUAAAAAAGAAAAAGGUGUUUCAAAAUCUUUAAUCCAGAAUUUGCUAUUAGUAACUUUAUAUCUUUUUAAGGUUUAGUUCCCAGACACUCUAAUAAUCAACACCUUCAACUCCCUUUCCCUUCAGAAAGGCAAAACUAUUUAUGCAUCAAUUUAUUGUUUUUUCACCUUGGGCCCUUUGUUUCUGAAUUAAUUAGAAGUCUGUCUUCCAUGGAUUACUUAUAUAAACUAACCAACAACAAUUUUAAUAUAUAACUUGGUAGUUCAUUUAGUUAAUAAAACUAAAUAAUGCUGGCAGCUAUUUAUUAUAAAUCAUUUUCCCCCAUAUUGUGGAAAAGAGGCACCUAGUUUUAUUUAUAGCAAUAAGCAUUACUGUAAGUAUUACUUUAUAAGUAUUAUGUUAUAAGACUAUAUUAUUAUUUUAACUUUAGAAUAAGAUCUUAUUUGCUAUAUAUUAGUGUCUGAUUAUGAACUGUACCAUCAAAUCUAUGAUAUUUAGUGACCACAUAGAUUUUUUUCGGGACUUUAUAUCAAUAAACAUCUUAUAAAUCACUGAGUGCAUCAAAAAAAUAACUUAAGAAAUAAAGUAAUGUCCUAUACAAUUUAUUUUUCUUAAAUGAUGUAAUAUUUUGGGGGAAAAAACCCUGCAUAACAGGGUUUCAAAUAUGCCUUUUAAAGAAACAAAAAAAAAAUUCUGCUUAGUAAGCCUUUUUUUCUAAAUUGCUUUCUUAAGAUGAAUAAAUGUCUUCAUGUUCUUCAGUAUCAUUUUUUUAAAUAUAUAAAUUAUAAUUCUGGUAUAGAUGUCAUGUAACACACAAUAUAAAACUGAAUUUUACUGAGAUGAAAAU